GAGCGAUGUGUUUCGAGCCUGACGUGGCUACCGGCUCCAAGAGCGGGGAACAUUGGCGCUUUGUUGGGGAGGGCCAAGGUUGUCUUGUUGCCAUUGGGAUCGCCCUCUUCCUCGCGCUCUUCCUGAUUCUACGUCCCUUCUUCCGUCACGAGGACGUAUCUAUUCCAUCCAUGGACUUUGCGCACGAUUGCACCUUGACCGUGGACACCAGGAAAAAGGCGUUUUGCUGCACCCAAGUGUACAUUGGCUGCGAAGUGCACCAUGACCACACUACAACUCCAGCCGUCCACAGCAUCACGGAGUAUCACUAUGUCACCCGCAUUCACCGGGUGCCCCAAAAGGUCUAUGUCAAAACGCCAUAUCCAGUGCCGAAGGUUGUUUAUCACACUGUCGUCAAGCCACGCAAACAGCCAUAUGACUGUGACGAAGGCUUUGAUGACUGGAAGAAGAAUUGGCCACUUCGGCAUCAGCGUUUCUGCUGUUACUUGCGCAGGAGAGCCUGUCAGGUGAAAGUGGUGAACCAUGACAAGUACGUCACGGUGACGCACAUGAAAUUGGUGCCGGAGUACAUCCACGUCAAACCCUCUGAGGAUGAAAGCUUCACAGUGCCCAAGUAUGUACCUUAUCCAGUGCCCUCCAAACCAAUCAAGGUCAUGGUGCGCGGUCCUCCCCGCUAUCGAUACCAUACGGUGAAGAAGUACAAGUACAUCGACGUCCCCACACCUGGCAAGCCGCAUGUUAUCGAAAAGAGGGUCCCGAUACCUGUGCCAGCACCCCCAAAGAUCAUCAACGAGAAGACUAUCGUGACGGUGCACCACCGGCACUUCGAUUGCGCAGCUGGUUACUCCAACUGGUACUUUGGCUGGUCCAAGCCCAAAAAAGUCUGGUGCUGCGACCAUGAAAACAAAGGGUGUCCUGGCACCUGGAAAGGACACAUGCACUUGGUCACCCACGUCACCACCCAUGUCGGGCAUGCCCAUGGCCACAUCUACGACUGCAACGCUGGCUUCUCAAAUUGGAUGCAGGGUUGGUCGGACUCCAAGAAGGCUUGGUGUUGUAGGAAGGAGCACAGGGGCUGCGUCCCUCACCAUUGCGAUGGGGAGGUCUCUGAUUGGACCCAUGCCAAGCGCGACUGGUGCUGUAGCCACUUUCAGAAGGGCUGUCCAAAGACCACAUACUCCCCAUUGAAGUGCGAUGCACCUUGCACCCAUAAAGGCCACACCGCCACCUGUGCGGAUCGCUUGACAUGGGCUGAGGAGCACUUGUUCAAAGGGAGGGGAAACGCUUGCGCCUUGGCCUAUAGCCAGGUGCAAGUGGAUUGCGACGUCUGUCGUGCUUGCAGCAUAGAGGAUGCAGGCUGCACAGUGCACGUGGACACAUCACCUGCCUUCGACUGCAACGCGGCUUUGAACAACUUCUUCCGUGCUUGGUCGCCAGCAAAGAAGCAAUGGUGCUGUACGCAACAGGGCAAGGGUUGUGAGGGAACCACUCCGCCGCAUGUAGAUCCCGGCUUCGGCAUGGUUUGGAAGCGAGUGCAGGUUAAUGGCUAUUGGACAUGGAUUGCCGUUCAUGGCAGUGGUGGUCCCCCAGCCAGCUUGCCCUACGAUUGCCAUGCCGGCCUUGGCAACUUCCAGUACGGCUGGUCUCAAGGCAAGAAGGGUUGGUGCUGCUCACACAUGCACUUGGGCUGCGGUGGGGGAGGGGGUGAUGGUGGCACAUACGUCACCCACCACACGGUGACCUACGUCACUCAUGCCGGGGCAGGCGGGGCAGGUGGGGCAGGUGGUGGGGCAGUUGGGGCAGGUGCGGCUGGCGGUGGAGGUGCCGCAGGGGCUGGGCACCCGCCCGGAGUUGCCGCAGCAGGCAUGAUGUGGCACUGGAGCCAGGCAGGGGGUUCCUCGCACUGGGUCCAGCAGCAAAUGGCGGGUGCUCCUGCCUUUGAUUGCAAUGCGGGGUAUGCCAGCUGGAAGCUUGGUUGGUCAGGCCCCAAGAAGCAUUGGUGCUGCCUCCACAUCGGCAAAGGGUGCCUAUGA